UCAGCCAUCGGAAAUGUUUACGAUACAGAACAUGAAUGGUACAUGCUGGCCAUCAUCGAGCUUCCUUAACCUUAAUGGAUUUACCGAUCCAUGCUGUACCGCCAUACCACCGGGAAUUCAUCAUUAUGAUACACCAACAAGUUAUACCACGUCCAUUGAAAAAGCCGCCGAGUUGGUCAAUUUACAAGAUGUUGCGGCUAAACAAAUAAAAAAAUUUCGACCGAAGAAAUUUCGCUGCGAAUAUUGCGAUGUGGCCUUCAGUAAUAAUGGUCAGCUCAAAGGACACAUUAGAAUACAUACAGGCGAAAGACCAUAUAAAUGUGAUUCCGAAGGGUGUAAUAAAGAUUUUACACGAAACGAAGAGUUGACUCGACAUAAAAGAAUCCAUACAGGAUUAAGGCCUCAUAUAUGUAUGCUUUGUGCAAAACGUUUUGGGAGGAAAGAUCAUUUAAAAAAACAUACGAGGACGCACGAAAAUCGUGAUCCAUAUCACGUAUCUGCAUCCUCUUUGGAUAUUUUUUCAUCUGGUAUAGCUUUUCCAUCGUAUCUCUAUCGAAAAUGAAAAAAACUCUGAUCGAUUUGAAAGAUCUUAUAACCCAACAAGCAAGCAAUCGGAAGAUUAUAUCAACUGUAAUUCUGAGGGAUCUGGCACAAAUUUUACUCGAAAUGAGAAAUUGAACCCUCUGGUACGUAAAAACGUAUUCAUACAGGAUAAAUACAUUACGUCAUCAUUUUCUUUAGAUGAUCUUCCCUUUAGAAUAAUUCUGAAGGGAAGGUCAUCUAAAAAAAAAAAAAAAAAAAAAAAAGCAUACAAGGAGUGUUCUUAAGAGUCACGUUGACUCCAAUAUCCACGGUAAUAGUAUAAACAUUUUGU